GAAACGAGACAAAUAUCGAUCAGAUUGCUCAUACAUAACCCAUUAUUAGUCUUUAUCGAUUCUAAAUGCACGGAUAUUAUGUCUUACGGUUAUCGCCACGUGAAAUAUGACUACAAUUGUAAUGAUGAUUUUUGGGCACCAAGUAUCAUAAGGUGCCUAAUAUUUAUCUCCCACCACAUACAUCAAACGCACCUAAACCCUCCCUAAGUAGUUGAGAUUAGGUUCUUCCCCAUCUCCAUCUUCAUCCCCUCAAUUUUCCAUUAAAACCCCCCUGCCCUGCCGGAAACCAAAAAGUACGACUCACCCGCCACCAAUAAGCCCUCGUGAGUCGUGACCGUUCCUCCGUCCAACUCCCCUCCACUCCUUCCAUGUCCGUCUUAUGCACCGCCCUCAACUGGGUCACCUCCCGGUGGCCGCUUCUCCUCUACGCCGUCACCUGGACGGCUCUUCUGACCGCCACGGUGGCCGUGGCCUCCUUCUCGCCCGAGGUGGCCUUUGUGUCAGCGAUCUCCCCGUCGUCGUCCUUCUCCCAGGGGUGUGCCGCCGCGCAGGAGGGGUCCGCCGUCAGGGUCCCGGUCGACCUGCCCCGGGAGGUCGUCUGCCUGCCAGCCCACCUGUUCACGCGGUCGAAGGUGGACCUGGUGGUCCCGCCGGUCUUUGCCGCCGUCGUCGUAGCCGGCUCCGCUUUCGUCGUCCGGGCCUUGGGCCUGUGGGAGGACGAUGAGCCCCGCUGAGUUUGGGCCCCCGCCGGGCCUCCCAAGGCCUAAACGGCUGGCUUUCACUUCCUUCUGGGGAUCUGAUUUGCGAUUUUUGCUGAUGAUUCGGACUUGUUGACUAUCGAGUUUGACUUCCCAUUUUCUGAAUUGAACAUUCUUCCUCUACGAAAUAAGCUCAAAAUACAUCUCUUUUCGUUUUUAGAUAUAAUUUUACAUGUCAAAAUGUGUAUUAAUUCGGGAUCGUUCGACAGUAACAUAGCUCAAAAUAAGAUAAUUCAUACUA